CUCCGCGCGUCCUUUAUUUUUUAAUUUUCGUUUUUUUUAGUUCUCUUUGCUUGCUUUCUUGCUCGAUUUCCUUGCUUCCUUGCUGCUCUUUCUCUCUCUCUUCUCUCUUCGCCUCCUCUGUGAUCGCUUCCGAUCGGAAUUGCGCUGGUGAGGGGACGAGCCAUGGGAGAUAUGGGAGGAGUGCGCACGGAGGAGAAUGUUAAUGGAGGAACGGACGUCUGGAGUUCGUCCGACGCCAACGCCUCCACUGCGGAUCAUCUAGUGGUGAUGGUCCAUGGAAUUCUUGGGAGCACUGCUAACUGGAAAUUUGCGGCCAAUCAGUUUGUUAGGUUGCUUCCAGAUAAAGUAAUAGUUCAUUGUAGUGAAAAGAACAUGCAUCAGCUUACAUUAGAUGGUGUGGAUAUUAUGGGUGAUCGUCUAGCAGAAGAGGUUCUUGAAGUCAUUGAAAGGAGACCAGAAAUUCGAAAGAUUUCUUUUAUUGCACACUCUGUGGGAGGAUUGGCUGCAAGAUAUGCAAUUGGGAGACUUUACAGGCCUCCAAGAAGAAGACCCAAAGAAGAUCUUCCAGAUGAUGUUUUGGAUGACAUUUCUAGAGGUACCAUAUGUGGUCUAGAAGCAAUGAAUUUUAUAACUGUUGCUACACCUCAUCUCGGUUCUAGGGGAAACAAACAGGUCCCUUUUCUUUUUGGCGUCGCAGCUAUUGAAAAAGUCGCUUCUCAUGUUAUUCACUGGAUAUUUAGAAGAACUGGAAAACAUCUUUUUCUCACAGAUAAUGAUGAUGGAAAACCUCCCCUGUUGCAGCGCAUGGUGGAUGAUUGGGGUGACCUCUAUUUUAUAUCUGCCCUGAAAGCAUUCAAACGUCGUGUAGCAUAUUCAAAUGUUGGCUAUGAUCAUAUUGUUGGAUGGAGGACAUCAUCUAUCAGACGCAACUCUGAGUUGCCUAAGUGGGAGGAUUCACUAAGUCAGAAGUAUCCGCAUAUUGUAUAUGAAGAGCAAUCAGAAGGGGAAUGUAUGGAUGUUUCACUCGUAGAUGCCGACUGUGAUGUCUUAGAAGAAAAGCUAGUGACAGGUCUCACGCGAUUGUCAUGGGAAAGGGUGGAUGUCAGCUUUCACAGGAGCAGACAGAGGUUUGCCGCACACAGUGUCAUUCAGUCUAUGCAGGUCAAGGAUUCCUUCCUUCACUCGGAAGGUGCAGAUGUUAUACAACACAUGAUCGAUUGCUUCCUUACCUGAACACGUUGCAAUCCAUUUGUUCCCACAGGCAAACAAAGGUGAUUCCCAUGUUAUUCCUGGAAAUUUUCAUGACCUAUCCGGGCAGGGAGUUGCAGCAUAUAAACUUAAAUUUGAAGCGCAAUAAUUUUUUUUUUUAUACUCGGCCUUGAGGUGUGGUUUAACUUUGUUCCAAGGGAUGUAGUUCUAGGAGCUCAUUUUGGUAUCUUUCAUGUCCGCCGUCAUACCAUCGUUGGUCUCCUCGCUCCUUCCUGCUGGCGGCCAAUUAUACUGUGGGUUUGGUCCAUGAGCACACCUCACCUCUAUUCAAUUACUGCAUUCCGGGACCAAAACAUAGGGAGACAACCACUGUCAAAAUUCAGAAUGAAGUCAGUAAUUUCCAUAUUUCCUCCUGUGUAUGAACUGCCAUAUUAGCCAAUCUUUCAAAUUUCUCGCUUAACAAUAUGGGUUAUGACAA